AUGUUGAGCAUUUCCUCGUCCUUGGCCGCCGAGAUGGAGCACAGCAGUCACAGCAGAUCUCAUUCCGGAACGGACUCGAUCGAGCGCCCUGCAGCCGCCCAUGCACGGGGUAACGGCGGGCCAAGCAUGCGCAUGGUCCGCGACCAGGAUGAGCACGGGGAUGGGCUGGCUGAUCUACAGCAGAUUAACCAGCGGCCAUCCCGGACUGGUCUGUCUAGCUUCUUCUCCAGCAACACGUCUCUCGAACGACUAAACAGCUCCGCGAGCUCGCGCGCGAAUAGCUUCAGCUCAGCAUCCAUCCCAGCAUGGGCAAAGUUGUACUACGGUAGCGGCGAGCGGCGCUAUCUUGGCGCGCCGUCCAUAUCCACCUCCGAGUCCGGCAGCCGGGCCGGGUCGAUCUUCCGCGGCGGCUCACCGGCCAACGACCAUUUCCCGCUCAACAUCUACAGCUCUCGCAAGCGAGCUAGAGAAGUGCAGCCCGGCGGCCAACGGCCGUUUUCGGACUCGGCGUCCAUGGACAUCGCGCCAUACCAGCCUCAUGAGGGCUACCAUCAGAUUAGCCGCGGCAUGAAGAAGAAGACCUCCAGCAUAUGGUCGCCGCAUCUACGGAUGGACCGCCGCGCCUCCCGAUAUAGCAUAUGGGAGCCGCCUUCGGUGAAUUGGUCCGCAGAGAGUGGCAUGUGGGGUCGGCGCAACAUCCAGGUAGUAAUGUUUAUUGUGGGAUUUGUCUUCCCAUUUGCCUGGAUGAUAGCGGCCUUCCUCCCGUUACCCCCGAACCCGAAGCUGGAGAUGGCGGAAGUGGACUACAGCCAGAGUCAGUUCGGCGUCUCUCACGACUUUACUCGCCACAAUGCACUCGCGGACGAGAUCCGCUACCAGAGUGCCAAGUGGUGGAGGACACUGAACCGCGGCAUGGCAGUCAUUGGCGUCCUCGUCGUGGCCGCCAUUAUCACCCUCGUAGUCCUCGCUGUCAAGCAAGGAUGGGCUAGGUGA